AUGACAAAUCUAGUACUUGCACAUAAUAGUUUACUGGGUUCCAUCCCCCUCUCCCUAAGAAAUCUUUCGAAGCGUAGCACACUUUAUCUCUUCAACAAUCACAUCUCUGGCACGAUUCCUGCUGAAUUAGGCAAUCUUGUCGAGCUGAGAGACAGAGAUCUAUCACAUAAUCUAUUGACUGGUUUCAUCCCUUCCACCCUGGGAAAUCUAGCUCGACUAAGGAACCUGAUCCUUUCUUAUAAUGAACUCUCCGGCCCCAUCCCAUCGACUUUAGCUAACAUGACCGCUCUGAUACUGUUAGACCUCAGCAAUAACCAAAUCUCUGGCUGCAUCCCACCGUCUUUUGCAAAUCGAAGUCUAAAUGAACUAUCAGUGAUCAAUAAUAGUCUCUCUGGAUCGGUCCCAAACCUUACGAGCUUGGUUUCUCUGAAACUGGCAUACAAUGACCCUUCUGGGCAUCUGCCACCAGAUGUAUGCAGAGGAGGAAAGCUUCAGCAUUUCACCGCAGCCUAUAACAAGUUUCACGGGCCGAUACCAGAGAGCUUGAGAAACUGUUCAAGCUUAGUGCGGGUUCGAUUGGACAGGAACAACCUCACCGGAGACCUCUUCGAUCACUUUGGAGUCUAUCCUAAUAUGAGAUAUAUUGACUUGAGCUACAACAGCAACCAGCUAUCAGGAGAGCUUCCAUCGGAAAUCGGAAAACUACUCAAGCUGAAGAGAUUGGAUGUUUCAGGCAACAACUUCAGUGGGGUGAUUCCGGAAGAAAUAGGUGGAUGCAAACUGCUAAUAUCAGUAGAUAUGAGCAACAAUAGCUUCAGCGGAAGCAUUCCUUACGAAUUCGGUCAGCUGGCAGACCUUCAGGAACUGCUAGAUCUGAGUCAAAACACGUCAUAUAUUCCAUCUCAAUUAGGCCAGCUGACACUGCUGCAGAUCCUCAACCUUUCCCACAAUAAUUUGGCUGGCCGUAUCGCACCUUCUUUAAUCAACAUGGCAAGCUUGUCAGCCUUGGACGCAUCUCACAAUGAACUUGAAGGUCCUGUCCCUGGUUCACUGGAAACAGGGGCUUGUGCGAUGUCGUUGCUGGUCUGCCUUCAUGCAGUUCAUCCCCAGCUAGAGAGGCUCCCAACGUGA